AAAUCGGGCCUCUUUUUGAGUUGCGUUUUGUAUAUAAAAUUGAUGUCUUCCUCUACAAGCAACAGACCGAUAUUAGAAAUAUAGAAACACACUUCUACUGUUCUAUGCAGCUAUGAAGUCUUCUACUCUUUUUUGUGCCUUUUUGGUGCUACUGAUCGACGUAUAUGCAAAAAAGUUAGACCCCGGACCUCAAGCUAUCACGGAAGCAACACCAGCAUCUACAUCAGCAUCACCCACAUCAAAAUCAACCUCAGCACCAGCACAAAAAAAUCAAAAACGAUAUGCGACUAGAGAAGUUAUCUUGUACCUUACACCCAGUCAAAUCAAGGCUUUACAAGAAGGUAAAGGCUUAGUCAGUCCCCAAGUCUUACCAGAAGCAGUUCAUUCACAAUAUAGGGAACAGGCAAACUUACAACAACAAUCAGAAUUGGCUCAACACCAAUUGCAUAAUAUUAAAUCUGUGAACAUAGAGCAAGGACAUAUAAAUGAAAAGCACCACGAAAUAGAGCAACCAUUACUGAAAGAAGAAAUACUAUCUUCAGAAAAUCAACAUGAAUACGAUCAUUGGAGACAAGAACAAGCUAUCAGAGACGAACAACUAAGGUUACAUCAUUAUUACCAGGAAUUAAAUAGAGCUAAAUCAAUUGGCAUUCAACAAGCAGUGAACCUGAAUGACGAAAAGGUUGUAUGGCUACCAUACAGUCCUGAAAUUGGAUUAAGACAUGGACAGAGCCUAGAAGAACAGCGACAAGUAGAGGAAUUGGAAAACCAUAAUCAAUUUCAUUCAAAGUUUUUAUCCCCUUUGUCUGUACUUGAUCCUAGACCUGGAAACGUGUUGGCCAUUGAGAAACCACUUGUACAAUUGCAAUAUAUUCCUAAACAUAAUGAUCAGAAAAAAGCUACCCUUAUUGAAAAUUUUCUAAGGUUGCGUCAACAACAUGAACUUGAGAGACAAAGAGCUUUUGCCAAAGCAGAAAACAUUGCUAAUUCUCCUCCGAUAUUGGUUCACGAAGGUGUUAAAGUUACAAAACACCAACCAGUUUCUGUAGAGAAACAAGUGAAAAUUGCACUUCCAGCACCUGUUCCUGUGAAAGUACCCCAUAUUUAUCCUCUAUCACAAGAAAUCCUAAAACAUAUUUCAUUCCCUAUAGUUCAAGGAAAAAGGAUAGUAGCCGAGGGACCCCUGUCAAAUAAAUUAUAUUUUAGUGUCGACAAGCCAAAUAUUUAUCAAGAAUUAAUUGAUGAAGGAAGUAGGUACGGGCAUCUUGAAAUUCCAGUAGAUAGUUCCAAGAAGGUUACGGUUCUUCGACCUAUUUGGAAUCAUUAAAUAUGCUAGCUUUAAAAAUUUACUGUUGACUAUUAGUAUUUUUUAAAUUGUUUUAAUUUUAUUCA